GAGAGAGGGUCGCGGGUAGCGUCUGUGUAGUGGCUCGGCAGCAAUGUUUGCCGAGCGCUGAUUCAGCUUGCCUCUACCUCGCGCGACUCUCGUGGGAAGCGUUGCCGUGAAGGCCGGCGAGGCGCCGCGGGAUCAGAUCCCCAUGGCCGAGGUGAUGGAUGCCGUCCGUCCCUCCACCCCCACCCCCACCCCCCACCCCAGAUCCUCCCUCCCCCUCUCCGCCACCUUCCCCGCCAGCAACCUCGAUUUUACGCUGCCGCCGCAGCACCACCACCUGCACACAACGGCCAAGACCGUCACGCGCAUGCCCGUCAUUAUCAACCAGCAGACGACCGCUUCAUCGGCCCUGCCGCAGUGCGAUGGUGACGACGGCUCGUGUGUGGCCUCGCCGAGGUCGCAAGGCGAGGACCAGGCCGCUCCGAAGACGGUGCGGCGUGUGGCAGACCUGUUUUGGGGCAUUCGGGGGAGGCAGAGGGAGGGGGAGAGGAAGGGCGCCAAGGCGGCCAGCGAGGCGCAUCAUGUUUCAGAAGAACGUAAGGAGAGAUGAGAUGGAACACAACACAACAAAAUGAUGGAUGGAUGCAUGCCUGCCUGCCUGUUUGUCUGUUUGUUUGUCAGGUGUGCGGGGGGAUUUCGAUGCUGCGGAUGCAUGGUUGCGGCGUGAGCUUGACGUGGGCCACAUCGUGCCGGUCGGUGCCCUGACGAUGCUCAAGAAGCCAAGGGGAUGCAACGCAUUCACCUCGGUGAGCAAAGCGCUGACCAUGAUCAGCCAGCCAGCCACCCCGUCGCCCGCGCCUCGGUGUGUCUGCGUUUGCAGGUCCAGCGUGCAACCCUCGAAUGGCAGUAUGUCGAUAUCAUAUGGAUUGACGCAAGAGGUGCGUUGACGUGACGUGCGACACACUCAUACACAAGAAGCCAUCGGUCGCUUCCAUCCAUCCAUCCAUCCACUCAUUUAUAAUGUCCUGCAGCUCUAUCGAGGCACCGUCACUCGUACAUGCGGACGCCCGCGCUGAUGGAGCUGCUGGACAACGGCAUCUUCAACCUCAGAAACGCCGGCACAGCCAUCGCAGUGCCCUUCAGGGGCGUCGUGUGCAGCUAUCCACGGAUCGGUAUCAUCACAGAGGCGCAGGGAAUGCCGCUCGCUAAGGUAGGGAAUCAGCCACACCUCUCACACGAGAGAUGUGCAUCUGUGUGUGUGUGUGUGUGUGGUGUUGACAGUUUCUGCGUGAGUAUCCUGACGUGAUUCGGGUUGAGGAGCACCGUUGGUCGAUCAUGGAGCAGCUGGCCAGGGCGGUGGAGAGCCUGCACUGCCGCAAGACGCCCAUCAUGCACAGAGACAUCUCAGAGCACACCGUCAUGCUCCAAUGGGUCAGCCAAAUCAGCCAGCCCGCCACUCCGACCAAAGCAUAGACACCAACACGCCCCUCCCUCUCUCUCUCGCUCAACACAUCAGGAGUAUGAGGUGGUUCACCAGACGCCCACGUACAUGGAUCUGAAGCCCCGUGUCCGCCUGCGUCUGUCGCACUUCCUCUACUCGAGCGAGGUGUCGGCCACCAGCUGCAUAGACGACCCCCCCACCGGCCCUUGUCUGCACUACAUGGCGCCGGAGGAGAUCGUCGUGCCGUCAAGACACACCAGAAUGGUAUGUAUUGUAUGUAUGUGGCGGGCUGGGGAAACAAACGGGAGGGAUGACUCUCUCUGUGUUUGUUGUGUGGCUGUGGGUGUAGGCGUGUCUGAAGUCUGAUGUGUGGCGGGUGAUGCUCAUAUUCCGGCUGCUGCACGGCCUGCACCUCAACACAAAGGUCAGUCAGUCUGACGUCGAUAGCCAUCCAUCCAUCCAUCUGUCUGUCUCUACACGCGUGGUGUGCGUCUGUCCCUCUCCCUCAAUCGGUCAAUUGGUCAGGAUGCGGCCGACGAGUAUGAUUUGUGGGCCGAGCUGUGUCGACUGGUGCCGGUGCGUUACGGCAAGCAGGAGGCCGAGUACAUCACGCCGCUGCCCAAGAUGAUCAACGCCAUGUCAUCCCUCCUACCCGAAUACAGAUGGAACUCAUCUCAGGUACGUGAGCCCUUUUCUCCACACGUCACCCCUUCCACGCCCACACCCACACCCCUCUCGCUCUCUCUGUGUGCGUCACACACAUACUAACAGGUGUUGAGUGUGCUGCAUCGGCCAGCGACGGCCUACAGCCUGCCGCACGCGCCGUCGGGUCUCCUGAGGAGCGUCCCGGACACCUCCACCCCCUACCCGCGAUAUGACCCCGUGGUGCAGAAGCUCAACCCUCCGGCGCACUUCCUGGGCGGCAGUGACGUCAAGCAGCCGUGCAUUCUCAUUGUGCCCCACUUCGGGAGAGUCUGGUCAGUAGAUAGAUAAAACGGAGAGUGGGCGGCAGUGGAGAAAUGCUCAUGUCCAUGUCCAUGUGUGUGGUGUGUGCAGGGGCACGUUGUCUCCCUCCGAGUAUUGCGACAUCUGCCUGACGCCCUGCUCGCCCAUCCCGCCGCCGAACGAGUCGUGCUGCCUCUCGUGCGGCUGCACACACGUGCCCACCAAGAUGCCCCUCUACAGCGGCCAUCACGCAGCCGCCGGGCCCACCCUCACCCGUCUGCGCGCCCCGCCGGCCCUUCCCCAGGGCAUGCCGCCCCCCUUCUACUACCCCUCGGUGCACGGACAUGCACCUGCACCCCCAGCCAUGCUGCCCUAUUAUCCCUACUACCCGCCCUCUUCGUUGGGUGGGUAUGGCUGUGGCUAUGGGUAUGGGUACCCCCACUACCUGGAUCAUGUCAUGUACGGCGGUAACAGAGAGGCGGGGGCGUGACGGGACUUGAGAGAUGGGUGCUGGCUCGCGAGUGGGUGCGGGGUGGCUGGGUGGGACGGUGUGGUGGCAUGGGUGUUUUUUGCCAUACACAUGCGUUCAUUGGGGGAUCGAUGGCUGGAUGGAUGGAUGGACUGACGGAUUGAUGUCGUGCUGGUGCUGUGGUUUGUAAGGGCUCUCUCCCUGGCUCUGUGCGUGCCGUCACUGCUAGAAUCUUUCUUUCGCAAUUGACUCGCUAACGGGCCACUUUCCGGGGGCGAGCGAGCUGCGAAGGAGAGAUUCUAGCAGUGAUGGUGCAGGUGCCAGGCAGGCCCUCGUUCCGUGCUUUUAUCCAAAGAAUGCAUGUGUGGGCCCCUGUGGCCCUCUAUCUCCCCGCUCUCUGCCGUGGGCGGUUCCAAGUUACUUUUAUUUCAGCUCCCUUUGUGUGCCUCUUAUCCACAUGUAUGUCUGUGCGGACAAUUAACGACAGAACACAGCGCGAGUGUCUUUAUGCGAAACGAGAUGAGUAAGUCCAUCCUGCCUGCCUGCCUGCCUGCCUGUCUCUUUCUUCAUUCAUGUGUACACUAACUAUGGCGAGUGGCCGGCGGGCUGGUCGUCUUGACCGUCCUGAUGCGUGGAUGGAUGGAUGAGUGGUGUGAGGAAUGCAUGCACGACUGCACAUUUUUCCCGUGCUGCCCCCCC